GGUGGCUGGUGGGGUGAUGCUCGCGAAAGCAAAGCACCACCACCCCACAAAGAAAAAGAAUAUCCCCAAUCCCACACUUCGAUCACCGCUCAAACCCUAGCUACCAAUCCCCGCAAUUCCUCCCCAGGCCCAGGUUCCUCCGGUGCUGGAUGCCCCCAGCCUAGGCGGCGGCUCGGUGGCUUGUGUGCGUGCGCGGCCGCCGAUGGAGCCGCGCGUGGGUAACAAGUACCGCCUCGGCCGCAAGCUCGGCAGCGGCUCGUUCGGGGAGAUCUACCUCGGUACUAACGUGCAGACCAACGAGGAGGUCGCGAUUAAGCUUGGUAAAUGAUGGAUACAGAAGCAAGAGUCAUUGAAAACUAUUUCCUGCCAAGGAUUACGGGUAGCUAUUAUAUGGACUGAGCUGUGAAAAUGUGAAGACAAAGCAUCCUCAGUUGCUGUAUGAGUCAAAGUUGUACAGGGUACUGCAGGGCGGAACUGGGAUUUCAAAUGUCAAGUGGUUUGGUGUUGAGGGUGACUACAAUGUUCUUGUUAUGGAUGUGUUGGGGCCAAGCCUUGAAGAUCUUUUCAGCUUUUGCAACAGAAAACUGUCGCUCAAAACUGUUCUGAUGCUUGCUGAUCAAAUGAUCAACCGAGUUGAAUUUAUACAUUCAAAGUCCUUCUUGCAUCGAGAUAUAAAGCCAGACAAUUUUCUCAUGGGCCUUGGAAAGAGAGCAAAUCAGGUAUAUAUGAUUGACUUUGGACUGGCAAAGAAAUACAGGGACACGUCAACACACCAGCACAUUCCAUACCGGGAGAACAAAAAUUUGACUGGGACAGCUCGAUAUGCGAGUGUAAGCACCCAUCUCGGAAUUGAACAAAGCAGAAGGGAUGACAUGGAGUCUCUUGGAUAUGUACUCAUGUACUUCUUGAGAGGAAGGUUGGUUAUGCAGCUUCAGUUUGUUCUAUUUUUAUGUCAUCUGGUGUGUUCUAACAGCUCCCCUGUUACCAGUCUCCCAUGGCAGGGUUUAAAAGCCGGUACGAAGAAACAGAAGUAUGAGAAAAUCAGUGAACGGAAGGUUGCCACUUCAAUUGAGGCUUUGUGUCGUGGAUACCCUUCUGAAUUUCAGUCAUUCUUCCAUUACUGCCGCUCACUGCGUUUUGAAGACAGUCCAGACUAUCAAUAUCUGAAGAGAUUGUUCAGAGAUCUUUUUAUUCGAGAGGGAUUCCAGUUUGAUUAUGUUUUUGACUGGACCAUUCUUAAAUACCAGCAGUCACAAAUGACCAGUGUUCCACGACGGGCUAUUCCCGCUGCCGCAGGACAAAGCUCGGGGAUGGCUCCAAUUGCAAGUAAUAAUAGACUGUCAGCCACCGAAGAGGGAAGAAGAAGUGGGUGGUCAGAUGAUCCUACACGACGUCAGGUUCCACCUACAGGAAUAAAUGCAGGCAGCUUAUCGAAACAGAAGUCACCAGUUAGACCAGAUGUGUCCGCACCGAAGGAAGCUGUGUUGUCCAGUUCGACUUUUUUGGGUCGGUCAGGCGUGUCCUCAAGGCGACCUGCUGUUUCUAGUAGCCGAGAUUUGCCAAGCAGUGAGGCUGAACCAUCGCGUAGUCGUGCACCAGACGUGAGUCCAGGGACGUUCCAGAGAAACUCAGCCCCACGGAGGACCUCACAGACGCUUGACUACUCUGACCCCAGGCACAAGUCUAACAGCAACAACUACGAGUCCACUAUAAGGGGCAUCCGAGGCCUAAAUUUCAAUGCCAACGAUAGGAUCCACUACUAGUAUCUUAUGGAUCCUACAAAGCAUGUAUAAUAUGUGAUCUGCUGAAGUUAAAGUGGGGAGUGAGGCCAUACUUUCCGAGCUACUCUCCUACCAUGUGAUCCACAAGCUACGUGCUGGAGAGGCAGUUUGCUGACCCAAAGAAACGGGGGCUGGCUGGCGAAAUAAAGGGUCUGCGACAGCCAUGGCCCUAAAAUAGCACGUUGGGCCUAUGUUUUAGCCUCUCUGUACAGGUUUUCUUUUGUGCGUUGAGAUGCUGCUUUCCUACUUUUCACAUAAUACUAUUAUGUUUUAAGAUAUUUACCUUACUGUCAUGUCUAGUAUGUUUA